CCAACUUACAUGGACUAAAAUCCUUAGGGUUAAUCUUGAAGCCACCACUUGGGUCACAAGAUCACUCAUCGGACCAAUGCUUCACCGCCGUCGAGGAGCCAUCGUCAAUAUUAGCUCCGGUGCUGCCGUUGUUGUCCCUUCUCAUCCUCUCUACGCCAUCUACGCCGCCACCAAAGCGACCGUUUUACGAGGACCCUGAUUGGAGCCGGUGAAGAAAGAGAUGGGGUGUACUACUUCAAGGGUGUCAAAGUUGCUCGUUCACAUCAGACUUCUGCGAAAACUAUUUCUCAUGCAGUCCUAUGGCAUCGACGUCUUGGUCACCCUUCCUACAAAGUGCUUUCUACAUUACCUGUGUUUUCUGAUUUAAAAGUCGAUUUUAAGGAUUCUCACUCAUGUGAUAUUUGUUUUCGUGCCAAGCAAACACGUUCAGUCUUUCAUGAUAGUUUUAAUAAAGCUUUGGAACCUUUUUCAUUAAUUCAUUGUGACGUUUGGGGUCCGUAUAGAACUCUAUCAUCAUGUGGUGCUGCUUAAUUUCUUACCAUUGUUGAUGACUACUCUAGAGCUGUGUGGACAUAUCUUAUGUUGGAAAAGUCAGAAGUUAAGGACUUGAUCAAGAACUUCUGUGUUAUGAGUGGAAAACAGUUCGGGAAACAAGUUAAAACCAUUCGAACAGAUAAUGGCUCUGAGUUCAUGGUCUUGUCUUCAUAUUUUCGUCAAAAUGGUAUCCAACACCAAACCUCCUGCGUCGACACACCUCAACAGAACGCUCGCGUUGAACGCAAGCAUAGGCACAUCCUCAACAUUGCACGCUCACUUCUGUUUCAAGCCAAACUACCAGUUACUUUUUGGGGCGAGAGCAUACUCACAGCGGCUCAUCUCAUUAACCGGACACCGUCUGUUGUUCUACAUGGAAGUACUCCGUAUGAACUGUUACACGGUUCAAAACCUUCAUACGACUCUUUACGCACCUUUGGAUGCCUCUGCUACGCUCACAGACGACCUCGCAACAGAGACAAGUUCAGUGAUCGCAGCCGAAAGUGUCUUUUUGUGGGCUAUCCCUACGGAAAGAAAGCCUGGAAACUUUAUGAUAUCGACAGUAAUGAAUUCUUUGCCAGCCGCGACGUUGUUUUUCUUGAAGAACAGUUUCCAGGAGUUACAGAUACAUCAUAUGUUACACCACCAAUCUAUCAACCAAAUGCUACAAUCGAUGACUGGUUACUUCCUACUACACCAGCAUGCUCCGGUGAUACUACUCCACCAGUGAUUUCUACCACUACACCAGUGGCUUCUGACCCUGCACCAGUGGUCCCUUCUCCAUUACUACCUAUUACACAAACUACAGACGUUGCUCUUCCACCAGCGGCACAUGAUACUACUAAUGCAUCUGAGUCUCCAUCACCUGGAUCUUCCUUUACUCAACCUAGUUCUCCGGUUGCGCAGUCUACGCCUGCUACUACUAUUUCAGACACUCCUCCAUCACCUGGUCUUCCUGAGUUACUAGGUCGUGGUCAUCGUAGCCACAAGCCGUCUGUUCUUCUCAAAGACUACGUGGUUAAUGUUUCUACAGUUAGUACACCCCCCAUCACUUCUCUUUCAUCGACUCCUACUCAAGGUCCUCCUGUCUCGGUCUCAGGUAUUACUCCCUAUCCCAUCGACUCUUACUUGUCUCAAGCUCGUUUCUCAGUUGCACAUACAGCUUUUUUGGCUGCACUAACGUCUACUAACGAUCCUAAGUUUUUCAAAGAAGCUUCUCUUGAUGAUAUUUGGAAUAACUCCAUGACUGACGAGUACACAGCGCUUGACACAAAUCACACAUGGGACAUUACCUCAUUACCAAAAGGCAAAAAGGCGAUAGCUUGCCAAUGGAUCUAUAAAACGAAGUUUGACGCCAACGGCAAGGAAACUCGCAAAAAGUCUUGUUUGGUAGCUUGUGGGAAUCGUCAAAGAGAAGGCCUUGAUUAUACGGAUACAUUCGCUCCAGUAGCCAAACCAACUACCGUGCGUCUGCUCCUUGAGAUUGCCGCUACUAAAAGAUGGGAACUUCAUCAGAUGGAUGUUCAUAAUGCGUUCUUGCAUGGUGAUUUAAAAGAGGAAGUUUAUAUGAAGUUGCCACCUGGUUUCGAAGAUCCUGAUCCUACAAAGGUUUGUCGUCUCCGCAAGUCCAUUUAUGGGCUCAAACAAUCACCUAGAUGUUGGUUUGAAAAACUCAGCACGGCGUUGAAGUCUUAUGGUUUCAAACAGAGCAGAGCCGACUACUCUCACUUCUCACUUAUCAAAGACAAGAUCUCUCUACACAUUCUUAUCUAUGUGGAUGAUUUCAUCAUAGCUGGCAAUGACAUCUCCACAAUACAGAGGUUCAAGAAUUAUCUACACAAGUGUUUCCACAUGAAAGAUUUGGGAAAACUCAAGUAUUUUCUAGGUAUCGAAGUGGCUCGCAAUGACGAUGGUAUCUUCAUCUCCCAACGGAAAUAUGCUCUUGACCUUGUCACCGAGGCUGGACUCCUUGGGUCUAAGCCCUCUCUGGUUCCCAUUGAACUCAAUGACAAGCUCCUCCUUUCGAAAUCUCCUCUACUUACUGAUCCGGCGUCUUAUCGCCGCCUUAUCGGGCGUCUUAUAUACCUUACGUUCACACGACCUGAUCUUUGUUAUACAGUUCAUCUUCUUUCGCAGUGUAUGCAAAAACCGCGUCAGGAUCAUUGGGAUGCAGCUUUGCGUACAGUCCGGUAUAUUAAAGGUUCUCCAAGCCAGGGAAUACUACUACGGUCAGACUCUGAUCUUCGUGUCACUGCUUAUUGCGACUCCGAUUGGAAUACAUGUCCUAUCUCUCGACGGUCUGUCAGCGCAUACAUUGUUCAGCUCGGACAAUCUCCCAUUUCUUGGAAGACAAAGAAACAGAAGACGGUGUCUAUGUCCUCUGCUGAAGCUGAAUAUCGCGCCAUGGCAUUCACCUUGAAGGAACUCAAAUGGAUCAAACAACUACUUGCAGCUUUCGGAAUUCGCCAUGAUCAACCUAUGCGUCUCUUUUGCGACAGCAAAUCUGCCAUCUAUAUUGCCGCAAACCCUGUGUUUCAUGAGCGCACCAAACAUGUCGAAUCUGAUUGUCAUUUUGUUCGUGAUGCGGUCGUGGAAAAACUCAUCACAACUGAACAUAUCAAGACCAAGGAACAGCCAACAGACUUACUUACAAAGGCACUACCAUCAACUACAUUUGAUUAUCUUCUUUCCAAGUUGGAGAUUCACCUCCAAGUUGAGGGAGGGUGUAGAGAUAAGGACAUAACUUGUAGAUAAAGAUAACUAUGUAUUGUAGUUAUCUAAAUCCCCUAAGGGUUAAGAGAUCCUUCUUGUAUAUAUACACUAUGACGUACAUCAAUAUACACAACAGAUUACAUUUUAUUUUAAUAACUAAGAGUAUAUGAUAAAAUCAUAGGAAACCAAAGUGGUUAUCAUGAGGUAUAACUAAAAGACCGUUACUUAAAUUAGUUGCUUAGCGAUUAUAACUAAAGGUGUCUACAGAAAAUAUAAUUAAAUGAAAAAUUCUGCAAUUUUACGUUUACCAUUUUAUACUUUUUGAAGUAAAAUUCAGCAGUUUUUUCUAAUAUUGUUGAUAAGCUUUCUUUAAAAUCAUAUAUUAUAAUGUAAAACCGUAUGUUUUUAAAUCAAAAUAAAGUCUAUUUCUAUAUGUUUUGGUAUUAAAAAUCUACUUUAUAAGGGAAACGACUACAAAAUUUGGUUUCUUUUCAAAUUACUGACUACAGCUAUAUUGGUGACUUGCAUAUAAUCCAGAUUAAGGUUAAUUUCAUUCCGGUCUUCAAUUUCUUGGUGGUCGUUGUAUCAUAAAUAUGGAACUACUCAGUCAUUAGUAUAUGGGGGACCUUGAUCAUCCAAAAUUGUCUAAUGACUCGACUCCAUUGAGGUCGAUGUAUACCUCCCCACCACCCAUGUUAAGAGAUACACGCAUUUAAUCUUAGGUAGAUGCUUAAAGUAAUUAAUGGAGAAUAACCACGCUAGAAAACUUAUUUUGAGAUUUAUUAAGAUGUAUAUAUUUUUGGGUAAAAUGUUAAUUUUGAGAUUUGUCUUAAACUCUUAUAUUAGUUCUGCACGUUAUGAUAAUGAAUAUUAAUAUUAUCAUGAAUGUUUAUGAAUAGUUUACUGAGAUUUUAGAUUAGGUAGAUAAAUGUAAUUAAGUGUUGAUUUAUAAUUCUUAAGCUUUCAAUUUAUAUUAAUCUUUUCUUAUUUGGUUUUUUAAUGCUAUAUUAUUCUAUGCUAGUUUAAUUAAAAAUAGUAUUUCAUAUCUGAAAAAUAUUUGAUGAAAUGCCUGAAUAAAUAUUAUAAGUAUUUUUGCAUUCUUAGCUAACCAAAAUUGCUGUUACAAAAAAAAAAGCUAACCAAAAUUGAUAAUUGAAGUGUAGGGACAAUAUGAAUUCAUGUUUAAUGCAGAAUAACUUGUCUUGAUUCAAUUAGCUUAAGGAAAUAUUUACAUUUUCAGUGUGUUGACUUUGAUAAUCUAGAAUUGAUUCUUAAUUAUUACGAUCACACAUCCUAAACAUAUGGUUGACUUAGCGUAGUUGAAGCUUUGAGCAUAUCAAACCUCAUUAUAACUAGUGUGUUAUUUGUAUAAAAUGAUAACUAAGUAAGUAACGCUUUUCCCUUGAUAGCAAUCAAAGUACAAUUGUCAUCCAAAGUUGAUAAAAAUGUAUUUGGUUAUUCGAAAAAGCUUGCUUAUUAAUAUGAAUAUCAUGUUAUUAAAUAUAAAAUGCCAACAAGUGCUUCAAUGAAUUUUGUGAUGUUAUUUUUUCAUCAACUAGACAUGUAUAAACUAACGAAUAAGUGAAUCGGUGCAUGCAGUUAUGUUGAUAAAAUAUCAAGAUCUCUACAUGUGGAAUAUAAGCAGUUUGGUAUCCACGUCCAGUGCCAGGUGCCGUUAUACGUGGCAACGAGGAUGGUGUCAGUAGUAGCAGCUGUUGAUAAACCAAGCUUCUUUGUACCGUCGCCGGAAGUCUACGCGAAAGCGGCGGUGAAGCAGAUCGGAAUUGGAUCACGAUGCUCCCCAUUCUGGGCUCAUUCCCUUCAAUGGUUUCUCGCAGAACUUAU